AUGCCAGGUAAGACCAACAGUGACUCAGUGUUGACUUAUUCAGAUAAGACCAACAGUGGCUCAGUGUUGACUUAUUCAGAUAAGACCAACAGUGACUCAGUGUUGACUUAUUCAGGUGAGACCAACAGUGGCUCAGUGUUGACUUAUUCAGAUAAGACCAACAGUGGCUCAGUGUUGACUUAUUCAGGUAAGACCAACAGUGGCUCAGUGUUGACUUAUUCAGGUAAGACCAACAGUGGCUCAGUGUUGACUUAUUCAGGUAAGACCAACAGUGGCUCAGUGUUGACUUAUUCAGGUGAGACCAACAGUGGCUCAGUGUUGACUUAUUCAGGUGAGACCAACAGUGGCUCAGUGUUGACUUAUUCAGGUAAGACCAACAGUGGCUCAGUGUUGACUUAUUCAGGUAAGACCAACAGUGGCUCAGUGUUGACUUAUUCAGGUAAGACCAACAGUGACUCAGUGUUGACUUAUUCAGGUAAGACCAACAGUGACUCAGUGUUGACUUAUUCAGGUGAGACCAACAGUGGCUCAGUGUUGACUUAUUCAGGUGAGACCAACAGUGGCUCAGUGUUGACUUAUUCAGGUAAGACCAACAGUGGCUCAGUGUUGACUUAUUCAGAUAAGACCAACAGUGGCUCAGUGUUGACUUAUUCAGGUAAGACCAACAGUGGCUCAGUGUUGACUUAUUCAGGUGAGACCAACAGUGGCUCAGUGUUGACUUAUUCAGGUAAGACCAACAGUGGCUCAGUGUUGACUUAUUCAGAUAAGACCAACAGUGGCUCAGUGUUGACUUAUUCAGGUGAGACCAACAGUGGCUCAGUGUUGACUUAUUCAGGUAAGACCAACAGUGACUCAGUGUUGACUUAUUCAGGUAAGACCAACAGUGGCUCAGUGUUGACUUAUUCAGGUGAGACCAACAGUGGCUCAGUGUUGACUUAUUCAGAUAAGACCAACAGUGGCUCAGUGUUGACUUAUUCAGAUAAGACCAACAGUGGCUCAGUGUUGACUUAUUCAGAUAAGACCAACAGUGGCUCAGUGUUGACUUAUUCAGGUAAGACCAACAGUGGCUCAGUGUUGACUUAUUCAGGUAAGACCAACAGUGGCUCAGUGUUGACUUAUUCAGAUAAGACCAACAGUGACUCAGUGUUGACUUAUUCAGGUAAGACCAACAGUGGCUCAGUGUUGACUUAUUCAGGUGAGACCAACAGAGGCUCAGUGUUGACUUAUUCAGAUAAGACCAACAGUGACUCAGUGUUGACUUAUUCAGGUAAGACCAACAGUGACUCAGUGUUGACUUAUUCAGAUAAGACCAACAGUGACUCAGUGUUGACUUAUUCAGGUGAGACCAACAGUGGCUCAGUGUUGACUUAUUCAGAUAAGACCAACAGUGACUCAGUGUUGACUUAUUCAGGUAAGACCAACAGUGACUCAGUGUUGACUUAUUCAGAUAAGACCAACAGUGACUCAGUGUUGACUUAUUCAGAUAAGACCAACAGUGACUCAGUGUUGACUUAUUCAGGUGAGACCAACAGUGGCUCAGUGUUGACUUAUUCAGGUAAGACCAACAGAGGCUCAGUGUUGACUUAUUCAGAUAAGACCAACAGUGACUCAGUGUUGACUUAUUCAGGUAAGACCAACAGAGGCUCAGUGUUGACUUAUUCAGGUGAGACCAACAGUGACUCAGUGUUGACUUAUUCAGAUAAGACCAACAGUGGCUCAGUGUUGACUUAUUCAGGUGAGACCAACAGUGACUCAGUGUUGACUUAUUCAGGUAAGACCAACAGUGGCUCAGUGUUGACUUAUUCAGGUAAGACCAACAGUGACUCAGUGUUGACUUAUUCAGGUAAGACCAACAGUGGCUCAGUGUUGACUUAUUCAGGUAAGACCAACAGAGGCUCAGUGUUGAUAAGACCAACAGAGGAGUCUGAAACAUUUGUUGUAAUUCCAAUAACUUAUUGCAAUGUCACACAAAAUUAUAAUUAAGGCACAAUCAAAAAUCAAAAAUAAUACAAAAUGAAUAUACCAAAAAAAAACUUUAAACACUUUAAAGCAUUAAAGCCACAAGCAAAUUAAUUAGAAAUGUAUUUCAACCUGGGUAAAAAUCUAUCCUUGCGAGCCACUGAUCUCGCUGUACGGAAGAGCAUAUUUAUUUAAUCUCGCGAGAUCCGUGUGGCUCCUGAAACGCGGGAAUGCCCAGCGGAGAAACAUGAGACGAGCGCACAGCAUUUCUUACACAUUAUGGCAAAGAACCAGGUUAAUACUUUAAAAAAACUCAAUAUGAUUUACAUUUUCAAGGCUAACGGUUUCUCUGAAAGAGCCAUCAUUGAACAAAUGCCCCCCCCCCCCAAAAAAAAAUGUUUUACACAAAAAACAUUACUCUACUAAAAGUGUACACAUUAAUUAACAUAACUAGGAUUCUCUGUUGUUCUGUAUCAGUAGUAUCAAAAUAGAAGGAGAUAUUUAGAGGAUUUAGAGGCCCUAUGGUGAUUAGAGUUAGAGGAUUUAGAGGCCCUAUGGGGAUUAGAGUUAGAGGAUUUAGAGGAGUUAGAGGAGUUAGAGGAUUUAGAGGAGUUAGAGGAUUUAGAGGAUUUAGAGGAUUUAGAGGAGUUAGAGGAGUUAGAUGAUUUAGAGGCCCUAUGGUGAUUAGAGUUAGAGGAUUUAGAGGAUUUAGAGGAUUUAGAGGAUUUAGAGGAGUUAGAGGAUUUAGAGGCCCUAUGGUGAUUAGAGUUAGAGGAUUUAGAGGAGUUAGAGGAUUUAGAGGAGUUAGAGGAUUUAGAGGCCCUAUGGGGAUUAGUUAGAGGAUUUAGAGGCCCUAUGGUGAUUAGAGUUAGAGGAGUUAGAGGAGUUAGAGGCCCUAUGGGGAUUAGAGUUAGAGGAUUUAGAGGCCCUAUGGGGAUUAGAGUUAGAGGAUUUAGAGGCCCUAUGGGGAUUAGAGUUAGAGGAUUUAGAGGCCCUAUGGUGAUUAGAGUUAGAGGAUUUAGAGGAGUUAGAGGAUUUAGAGAGCCGAUGGGGAUUAGAGUUAGAGGAUUUAGAGAGGCUAUGGGGAUUAGAGUUGGAGGAGAUGGAGGAGUUAGAGGAUUUAGUGAGGCUAUGGGGAUUAGAGUUGGAGGAGUUGGAGGAUUUAGAGAGGCUAUGGGGAUUAGAGUUGGAGGAGUUGGAGGAGUUAGAGGAUUUAGAGGAGUUAGAGGAGUGGGGCGCUAUCUUGGAGGAACAGUAGGUACUACUGUGAAGUUCAUGUCUACAGGGCAGGAGAAGACAUGAGCCUCACGUCAGUUAGCGUCAUCAUUUGUUUUGUUGUUAGGCCUGAUCAGGUUUGAUAGCCUGUACAUUACAUUUAAUGCAGUCAAAAUGCCGGAAUUACAUGCAAUUGUCCAAUUUUCAUAUUCUGAAUCCUCACCCAGACUUUUAUGGGGAGGAAGGG